AUGGCGACUGACGGCGAGCUCUGCACAGACAUAGAUGAUGUGAUGAAACGUUACUUCCUGCCGGUCGGGUACUCCCUGGUGUUCGUCGGGGGCCUGGUGGGGAACGUGGCGGCUAUAAUCGUGCACGUGCUGAAGUUUCGCCCGUGGAAAAGCAGCAGCAUCAUCAUGGUCAACCUGUCGCUCAUCGACACGCUGUUCGCCCUGAGCCUGCCCUACCUCGUUUAUUACUACAGCAACGGAGACAAGUGGGCGCUGGGAGACUUCAUGUGCCGCUUCGCUCGUUUUAUUUUCCACUUUAACCUGUACGGGAGCAUCAUGUCCCUCACGAGCAUCGCCGUGUUCAGGUACGUGGUGGUGACGCGUCCCAUGUGGGCUCCUCGGGUGCAGCAGAGGCACUGGGGGCUCCUGGCGUGCGCCGUCGUGUGGGUCGUGGCGGCGGCGGAGCUCGUCCCGAUCCUCACCAUGAUCGACCUGCGAGAAGGAGACAACCAGACCUACUGCCUGGACUUCGCCAGCACCACCGACGUCGGGUCCAUCCGCCUGUACGGUCUGCUCCUCACCGUGUUCGGGUACGUUCUUCCUCUGCUCCUCGUCUUCAUGUGCUACAUCGGGAUCGCGGUGCAUCUGCGUAAAGGGCCUCACACCAGCAGCCCCACACGGACUCGGGCUCAGCGCGUCGUCGUCCUCGUCCUGCUCGUGUUCGUCUUGUGUUUUCUGCCCUAUCACGUCCUGCGGGCGGUGCGUAUAGAGACCCGCAGUAUGCCGGAGCUCUCCUGUACGCUGAGGAACACGCUCCACGCCGCUUACAUCAUCUCCAGGCCCGUGGCGGCGUUCAACACGUUCUUUAACCUGGCUCUGUACACUCUGUCAGGAGAAACCUUCUUAAAGGCCUUCGCCAGCGUCUUCGGCUGCCAACGAUGUCCAAGACCGAGACGACCAGCGGCGAAGGAACCGAAGAGCAACAGCUCAACACUCACCGUCCCAGAGAACGGACCGACACACUGGACCCUCACCAGCCCCACAACAACACCAACCCCACAACACACCAGCCCCACAACACACCAGCCCCACAACACACCAGCCCCACAACACACCAGCCCCACAGCACCAGCCCCACAACACACCAGCCCCACAACACACCAGCCCCACAACACCAGCCCCACAACACACCAGCCCCACAACACCAGCCCCACAACACACCAGCCCCACAACACCAGCCCCACAACACACCAGCCCCACAACACCAGCCCCACAACACCAGCCCCACAGCACACCAGCCCCACAACACCAGCCCCACAACACCAGCCCCACAGCACCAGCCCCGCACAAACCCGUCCAGACUCACUGAUCUGUGACGCCUGUAGAGUCUGA